UGGUUGCUGAGCUGCAGGAGGAGGAGGAGGAGGACCAGGAGAAUUAGAAAGGGGGGAGAGAAAUGUAAUUUCUGUUGCAUCUGGCCCUUAGCCCUCUGACCAGCCCAGACCUACAACAGCUCGUCACAGGAAGCCUACAUGAACGAGAAAGCAGAAGCUGUCUGACUUUAGAGAAAAGUUGUCAGUGUCAGUCUCAGCAUGGCCGGGGGCUCGGUGUUUGAGUGUAAGGAGUACUUGUUCAAAGUGCUGGUCAUCGGGGAAUUAGGCGUCGGGAAAACCAGCAUCAUCAAACGCUACGUGCACCAGCUUUUUUCGCAGCACUACAGGGCGACGAUCGGGGUCGACUUUGCACUUAAAGUUAUCAACUGGGACAGCAAAACUCUGGUUAGGUUACAACUGUGGGAUAUCGCAGGUCAGGAACGAUUUGGGAACAUGACGCGGGUGUACUACAAAGAGGCUGUGGGGGCAUUCGUGGUGUUCGAUGUGACAAGGGGCUCCACAUUUGAGGCGGUGUCUAAGUGGAAGCAUGACCUGGACAGCAAGGUGAAGCUGGCUAAUGGCAACCCCAUCCCCUCAGUGCUGCUCGCCAAUAAAUGUGACCAGAAGAAAGAGAGCUCCAACAACACAGCCCUAAUGGACAAUUUCUGCAAAGAGACUGGCUUUCUGGGCUGGUUUGAAACCUCAGCUAAGGACAACAUCAACGUGGACGAGGCAGCACGUUUCCUGGUAGAGAAUAUCUUGGCUAACGACAAAGGUUUGCCAUAUGAGGAGAGCAAUGGAGACCGGAUUAAACUGGACCAGGAGACUGUGGCUGCUGAGAGCAAGUCAGGCUGCUGUUGACAAUCGAUCCAUUCAUAUUAGCCAUCCGCCUUCCUUUGGAAGGGUCCAACCCGAGGACCCAGCCUGUGGCUCUCAGCCCUCUCCUGCAGCCUCUCUGAGGAAUAUGAAUUAUUGAGUCUUCAAAGCUUCAGGAUUUUCCCCUCUCUGCACUGAUGCCCGUUUGUCCUGCACAUCCAAUUUUCUCAUUGUAGUUUUCCCUAGGACAGAAUUGAAGCCAAAUUUUAUCUUGAUGUUGUUGCAAAUGUCACUGCCUCUCUCAGGCCUUUUUUUGUCCCACACCUCUAAACCACGACAUCUUUAUUAUUGUGUUUGUCUCACUCCAUAUUUCCCUGAUUGUGUAUUCAACCACCAACUAUGAACCCCACCCAACCCACCACACUUGAACCCUGCUGCUCCUCCUGUUGCCCUGACAGCCUCUGAAGCUCUGGACUAUACAACGCCUAAGAAGGGGUGCCAACUAAGCAGAGAUUUGUGAAAUACAAGCUAGAAAACAACCUAGCGUCUUAAUUUCUGUCACUUUGGUCUAUUCUAUUCUAUUUGGUCGAUUUGUGAAACACAAGUUAGAAAACAACCUGUAGCUUCUUAAUUUCUGUCACUUUGGUCUAUUCUCUCUCAGUAUCCUUGUCAUUCAACAUUUAUCUGUGAAACAAGACACUUUAUGUCUCCUGUUUGUGUUUCCAGCUGUUCUUUAGACCAGUGGUUCCCAACCUUUUUUCCUUGGCGCCCCCCCUACUCGUGUCUAAGAAAAGCUGAGUUUCAUUCA